AUGGCUACGCGCCCUCCACUUCCCCAUCAUGGGUCUCACCCAGGCCCAGCGCGCCAUCAUCUCACUCGACUACACGUUCCUCAAUCUAUAUCGAUUUCUCCUGGAUAUUUCAGCGAACAAGCACUUUUUACUCCCGGCCCGAACACCGCACAAGUUAGCCAAGCCGCGUUUAUGGCAAACAACUUCCCCCAAGGUCCCCAAACAGCCUUUCUUCUAAAUACCCCAGGUCCCACACAAAGCACGUUUCUCGCGCAGCAACAGCAACCCCGGCCCGGACCUAUGCACCGGCAUCAUGCCAGUAUCGCAAUGGGAAUGCCUUUAACGCCAGGUGGCGGCGUAUUUCAGCAGCAGCAGCAAUCCCAUUUUGCAUCUAUGGGCGCUCAAAAUCCUCCACCAAUGGGCGGCCUUGGUGUACCACCUUUUGUACCCAGAUCCAGACGUACAAUUAGCAUUGGCGGCCCUCCCAAAGCAGUGUUGGGUGGCCCAAACAGGAAGACGAGUCCCUUGCCACCUACACCAGCUGGAGAGAAUGCUCCUCCUCUUCCAGACGUAAAGAGGAAAAAAUGCACAGUCAGGUUACCACUGGAGUCGGAUCAGGAACCCGAAGCUGACGCCGGGGAUGCUGACGAAUCUGCCAAGCGAACAAGGUCACUUUGGUCGAGAGAGCCUGUCCCACCUUCUCAGCUACCUCCCCAAGUUACGCUUGAUGAUCAGUUAGACAUCAUGUCCAUGGAGCCGCACCCCGAGCAUAUCAAACAGGGGGAGACAUUAGCUCCCAGAAUCAACCUUUCCUCCAAGAUACACUGGGAUAUCAUGCGCCAGGAAAUAAUAGAGCAGAAAUUGGCCAAGCUGGGCGUCGAACGAGGGAGUGGCGCAGCAUACUUGCCAUCCCAGGCACAUGGUCGCGCGUUCUCGCGUGGUGAUCAAGAAUGGGUUGCUGAUAAAUUCUUAUCUGGGAACCAGAUUUCUACUCCUGCGGACCCCAGUCUUUUGUUUUCCAAGCUCAAUAAGCUUCAAGCAUCCCAAUCGCCCUCUUCGACAUCGUCGCCCGGCCCCAACAGUCCGUUCUUCACCCAACCAAGAUUACCUCAGCAUGGUUACACCCAGUCACUUGCUGUUAAGCCUCAAUUCGGAUUCAGCCCACAACUCAACGGAGCAUUGGAUCUUACAACUCAAAAAUCACCCAACUUAUCUACUUCCGUAUCCAUGGUCUCGGAUAGUGAGAGCCAAGGUCCCAUCCUCCAUGCACCUCAGGGAAUCGUCCCCGUCCGGGCUACCGCUCUUUCCCGCCCUGACUUUAUUCGUGGAUUUGGAUUAGACGUUACCGAAGAGGAGGAUGAAGGUCAAGAGGACGAAGAAGCCGCGGACACACAGACCCCAUCCGAUGGAGACGAGAAUGGCAGCAAUGUGCAUCACGAUGCCAACGGUGGUUUCACCCAGGCCUUUGGACAGCCGUUCCCAGUCAAACCUGCUCCUCUUGCUCAUAGCCAGCCCGAACCCACAGCUGACGAGGAGGACGCGGACGACGAGGGCGACGAUUCAAUGACUGCAGCAGCCCACAGCAGACAUCACUCGCGCCACCUUUCUCAUGCUUCUCUUCGAUCCUUGGGGAGGCGUACAAUGUCUGAGGAACCGCCGGCGAGUCGCGGCGUGCGCGAGGAAGAUCUGCCUGAAGGCGAAUCGGAAUAUGAACAAUCUCAGGCUCGUUCCGCUGUUGAGACUUGGGAUAUGCCAAAUGAUACUCCAGAAGUUGCUGAGUCCGAUUCUGGUCACUACGAAGAGGGUCUUGAUGGGGUAGCUGACUGGACUGGAUCGGAUACAGAGAGCACUGGCGAAUGGUCCAAUCCUUCCGACGAGGAGCGAGCGCGUGAGGAACGCAGGUUGCGCAAGAUGAACCGUAGGCAAGAUAGCGUCAACGUCCCCCGACGAAUCCCCGAAUUUCCUCAUCCUCCACAUGUCCCUGCUGAGCCAUACGUGCCUAUGCGCGUGGAGCGUGCCCAAUCGGAAGACAUCGUAUCCAAUCCCAGCGAGGAGGGAUUCGUACACAUUCAGACACAUGAAGAUGGUCAUCUACACCAAUCAGGCAACCUAAGCCCUCGUCCGUUCCGACCUUUGCCUCCCGUUCCUCAAUCGGCUUCCCAUUCGCGCCAGCCAUCCGCAAACCUGAUUUUCAAUCACCCUGGAAGUGCAGAGUUGCGACACGUAGAAAGCGGCCCGCACAGCCGUGGCCAAAGCUUGGUCAGUCAACCCGGAGCCAAUCGGGAUGCUCUCAACCCACUUGCGAAACCUUUUGUAUUUGGAUCUAUUCGAGGCAGCUCGACUUCGUCCAUACCUAUUUCACAACCCGUGCGCGGAAGCGUCGGCUCUCCCUCGGAGUUUGGCCCCAUUGCUCCUCCCCCUGGUGCUCAUUCGCGACAAGCUUCUGUUUCGACCGCCGCACCUGCGCCAACCACCACCAAGCUCAAUGCCGGUGCUGUGGAAUUCAAGCCCAGCGGAGGGAUGUUCUCCAACGCGUCAUUCACUUUCAAGCUCCCACCGGGUGUUCCUACUCUUGCCUUUGGUUCCGGAGACUCUACUUCGCGCCAUUCCCUAGUCGAGCCACCCCUCCAAUCGCCAGCCCGCGCCACCCAAGGCCGCGAGAAGCGCCAACGCAGGAUAUCAGAUGGCGUUGGUCUCGAAAACACGGAGCUCGACUCUCCAGUCGAGCCUAUGCAAAAAGAUACUCCUGGCCGAGAUAACAUCGCUACAUGGCGUUACCCUCAACCUGUUGGAAGCCCAGCUGUUGUCCUCAAGACGGAAACCACCAUACCCAAGCCCAUGCUCAACCCGGCCGCCAAACCAUUCUCAUUUAAUGGCCCGACCACAUUAUCCCGAGCGACCUUGCCUGCGGAUACCCCUCAGCCGUCAGUCAUUGCGCCGGUCGAAAAGACGCCUCUCUCCAUCUUUGCUCCUCAGAGCAAACGCGCAACGUUGCCUGAGUUUGCACUCCCAUCCACCGGGAACACCGUUCCUGCUUCCGUAUUCAAAUCAUUGGUCCAAAGCGAUGGUCCAACUCGUCCAACUGUUCGCUCCAGACUCAGCUCCCGGGAAGCAUUCGAGGCACACUCCAACCGACCCUCGCUCGACGACAUCAACGUGCCUUCUAUCUCAUCACGCAAAACCUCGAAACCGAUCCUUACCGUCCAGAACCCGAAUACGCCUCCACAGCCGACUACCGACGUCUUUGGACCGAUACACUCAUCGGCGCAAAAACCAUUAUCCAAGUCACCUAUCCCAGGAUUCCUCAAGCUUGGUCCUCCACCUCGUCGUCCAUCCCCCUCGCCUGCCAAGAGCCGUUUGUUCUCUCCAAACCUUGUUCCAUCAUCGCCUUCAGACAUUGGCGCGGGUGACUCCGACAUUCAAACUGCAGUCCAGAACGCCCUCGAUGCGAAACUGGACUCUUGGCGCAAAGAGCUAACUGGCUCCCUGGCUGGCGUCCGCGAUUCAAAGGAGACCCGCAAGGUCAACAACUUGAGCGGUCCCUCUGAACUUGAUUUGGAGUUGAUUCGCAGUACGAUCGAGUCUGGGCAAGUCACCACACGCUCGAUGCUCCAACGUGAACUUGGUACGAUGAUGGAGCGAAUGGAUUUGAUCUCUGCGGCCCAGGUUCCUCAUACCUUGGAUUCGUCUCGUAUCGCCGAGGGUCUAGGCUCGAGUGUUCUGCAACCACUUGCUCAACUUUCCUCUCAGAUCUCAUCAUUGCAAGAAAACAUUCAUCAGCAGAAAGCUGCAGCUCAGCAAGAUCUCCUUGAGCAAUUGACUUCUGCACUUCGUCCACAUCUCGAGGCUGCUCGUGCGGUGCCUAUCGACACAGAAGCACUCACUAUUCAACUCUCCCAGGCUGUCAAGCCACAUAUUUCGCAGCUUAUCGACCUUGCUUCUGAUAAACGCGAGACUGCUACCCUCAUCGUUCAGCACUUGACUCCAGCCUUGAACAACAUACAGCCACCAAAAAUUGAUGUCAAUAACCUCGCCACGCAGAUUGCUUUGGCCCUUAAAUCGGCUAUUCCACCUCCUACCGACCCACAUGUGAUCAAAGAGCAUGUUGCUGACUUGGUGGUCGAGCGACUUGACUCGCGCCUUGCAGUUCGUGAUAGCUCUUACAAUACGGAAGCUAUCUCGAAGAGGGUUAUGGAGGCAUUAGUUCCAAUCCUUCAGCCCACUGAGCUUGCAUCGGCCGUAACCAAGAUCGAUGAGAUGGCCAAGCACCAGGAAAGCGUGUUACUAAAGACUCAAGACUUGCUCAAGGCCCAGGAAGUGCAGUCCGCAGGGCUUGGUGGUCUCCCCAAGUCCUUGGAAGAGGCCAUUGCUACGCUCAAGUCUUCUCAUACUGAGUUUAUCGAAAAGCUUCGCUCGUUUACACCGCUAGACGAGGUGCAGAAGAUUGGGGAAACCAACCUCGAGUUACACACCCAACUUGGGAAUGCCCGUGCUGCCCACGCACAGGUUUGUGGCGAGAAGGACGUGCUUGCGGAUCGCCUACGAGCUGCAGAGCAGGAGCUAGCCAGCUUGCGUGCUGCCGCUGCUGAACGCGAGUCAACUUCAACUUCUCAAGCUACCGAACUUUCGUCCCUCAAGGUUAAAGAAGCAUCAGCUCAAGCUGCUCUCUCCGAGUCUCAGGUCAAGCUUGAAAGGUCGGAAUCACUUCUCCGUGUCAAUCAGGACCGUAUCGCAUCUCUUGAAAAGACCAACGACGAACAGAAUCAGCAGAAUCAUGAGCUUCAGUUGAAGGUGAAUACGCUAGAGCUACAAGUCACCUAUGCGACUCGGGAUCUUGAGUCGUCGAAACGAAUUGUUUCUCAGCUCGAAACUCAGCGAAACAACCUUAUGGCUCAGCAGAAGCACUGGGAUGACUUGCGCCGGACCGCUGAACGUGUUGAGAACCUUUGCCAACAGAUGGAGCGUGAAGACUCGGAAGAGGUAGUUGAGCUCAAGCGCACGGUGGAUGAAAAUAAGAUACUCCAGGGCGAGCACGCGUACCUCAAGAAGCGUUACGAUGAACAAGAGCGUCGCAUUGCUGAUUUCACUCGAGGUCAACAAACUGCGAAGCAAACAAUAACUCAGGCUCAACAACAGGCCGCUGAGUGGGAACGACGGGCAAAAGAAGCCGACACUGAGCUCGAUACCUAUCGUUCGCGUGCCGAAGAGCUUGAAGAUGCCAACACUCGGUUACACCAGGACUUCACGCAGUUGCAGCUCAAAGUCAAGGAUCUAACUGAAACUGAAGAGAAGCAGAAACAACAAAACCAAACCAUGCAAAACCAGAUUGUGGCACUAGAGCAUCAACUCGAUGCCCUCAAGACGGAGCUUGCGGAAACCGCUCGGCCCCAGACCCCGGUUGCACCCAUCCCCCAGCGCAACGGUGUUGUGACUGGUCUUCCGGUCGGGCUGCCUAGGUCGAUAUCUCGUCUCUCCCAGGGAACACCAGUGUAUACCCCGACUCGACAGGGUCCCGUGGUAUCGCUGCACGGGACCAACGGGUUGACCAACGGGAAGUUGGACCUCGCUAGUGAACCUACAAGCGCAUCGUCAUCUGAAGGAGUAUGGGCAUCUAUGCAUGCCCCUUCCAACGAUGGGCUUGCUCCUCCCCAGACCCCUCGCCCAAGCCAUGCACGGCAAGCCCAACACCAUCGCCCCCGUGUACCGUCACCAACCCACAGUGUCGUCUCUUCAAUGACACGCGAUGAGGAUGGCUGGUACAGCUAA